AUGCACCCGGCAGGAUACAUUAUCGUCCUGAAGCACGACUUCUAUAACCUUCUCAAAUUGAGAUUCGAAGAGGCCAACCAAAGGGGUUACAGUGCUACUGUUACAAGCGCUAUUGAGAAGAUGGCAGGUCUUUCUUUGGCUCAAAGGAGGGCACCACCGCCGAAGCUGAACCUGGAGGCCAAUGGGCAAGAAUUGCAACAGGAUGAGCUCAAUGCCCUGACAACAUCAAUCACGCCUAAAGAGGCGCUGGUGAAUUCGCCGCUCCCAGGUGCCUCUACGCCAUCGACACCAUCAGCAAGCCAAAAUCCGGCGCCUGCUGCAGGAGACGCAUCUCCUUCAAGACCGGCAUCGUCCUCGGAAAGCCCCAAAUCACCCAAAUCACCGAAAAUACUAUCUAGCAUACCGCUCCCAAGCAUUGCAGCCACCAGCAGCUCAUCAGCGGGGGGACGCGCCACAUCCAUCCCGAAUGCGACUGAGACCGUCUUCGUUACCAUGGCUCCCCAGACUCUAACAGUGACUGCUUCAGUGGUUCCUCUUGCAACACUGGAUUCCAGCAGUAAUGAUCGCGGAGGCUAUCUCCAGCCAUCCGUUGUCUUCAUUGACUCGGACUGCGCAUCUUUCGCUACCGACUCUGGCAUAGCCGCCCUUGGAUUUCUUGGGGGCAUAGCGACGUCCAUCUUGGUGAUGGCCGCGGUCGUAAUGUGGCGCAAACGUAGGCGUGGUGAUAAAGACGACGUCUGA